ACCCACGGUGACCCACGGUCACUCGCGGUCCACCAACGACGGGCGUACGCGCUGGUUCUCCAGCUGUGCAACUCGCUGACAGACGCACGCUCGCAGUCCGCGAGAUCAUCCGAGCGAUUGCUGGAGCCGUGCUUCCGAGGAUCAGGAGCAUCAGCAGGAGUGCCGCUUCAGCGCUGGCGGUGAACUGAUAAUCAGCUCCGGUAGUUUGUCAGUUCUGCUGCGACGUCGUGCAGCUGCAGUGAAGUGCAAGUUGAAGUGCCGAAGAAUUGCACGCCAUUGAAGCACUGGAGGAGCGGCAGCAUCCAGCAGAAAUAACUGAAAUAAGAAUACACUUUAUUGGGACGGGCACGGUUGACAGUUUAGUGAUUUAGAGCAAUAGUUAUUGUGAUUUUUCGAGUGAUUUGUCUGUUUCGAGGAGAUCCGCGCAUCGUCGUCGUCAAGAGUGACGUGCGUGCGAGAAGAUCGCGUUGACGCUGCGUGUCUGCCGCGGCAUGAAGAGACGCGCGAGCGGAACGAUCUUCAAAACGUUGAGCAGCAAAGAGUAAUGAUCGGGACCUGGUAAAAACUGAUCACUCGAGCGACUCACUUUCCACAUUCUGAAUUUAUUUAAAUUGUCGAGGCACUCUUGGAGAGCACGAAGAAGGCAUCACAAGAGCGUGACCGGCAAGAACACGCGCGCAUCAGCCGGGGGGACGCGAUGCGCGGCAAAUUUUUCAUCUCCUUCGUCGAAGUCGCCGAAUUCCGACACGGUGGUAGCAACGUAGGAUCACUGACAAGGUCGACGCGUGCCGACGAUAAAAACGACGAUUGGGACGAUCGCUCACGUGGAGAUUUUCGUGGUACCAACGACCGAAGCAGCCGGACGAGUCGCAGCACGAGGUCACCGAGCCGCUAGGACACGCGAGGACGAAGAGCGCUGGUGGUACUUGCGCGCACGCGAUGUCCAUUCCUGACAACGAAACCGCAACGCGCGCAACUGUUGUGCCGGUCGUCGUCGAUCCAGAUCACCGUUCACCAGGAUCCGCAUCGAUCAAGAUCACCGUUAUUCGAGAAUCCCAACUCGCGAUCGAGAGUUCUCUGGGUCUCAAGUUGUUUCGACUGUGAGACUUUUAAAUCUUCAGCUACCGCGUCGAGCCGUUGAACGCCGCCAACACGGUGAUCUCCGAAUCAUUGCUCGGCCAUAUCUGCUCCGAAACUUUUGCGUUUCCUUGCAGAGACGCACGUGGAGACGCACGUUAUCGAUGAGACUGUUACAGACUAUAAAAAAGAAAAAGUGAAAAAGUAAGUGCGUAGAAGAAGUAGAAGAAAAGGAAGGAAUUGCAUGCCUGAAGACGAACGACGAGAACGGAAGUUGCAAACCUCUGUUCGGUGAUUAGAACGUGAGUCGAAGGAAGGGAACAUUUCACGAUCGAAGGACUACAUUGAACAUCAUCAGGAUGUCGAUCCGGUCUUUUUCCACUUUGCUGAUCCUCACGACAGUCUUCAGCGACCUUGGCAGCACCGAAAGAAUGAGCGGCCUAUACGUGGACAACGGCUUCGACCAGACGGUGGUGCACCGCGUGGUCAAUCAGCGUGAGAAACGCGAGGUAGAGCACGAGAUAUUGAACCUGCUAGGGCUUCCGGAUCGUCCGCGGAACACCCACGGCAGGCCUCCUCAAGUUAAGAGAUCCGCGCCGAAAUUUCUGCUGGAUAUUUACCAGAACGCUCUCGGCGAGGACGAAGAGGAGAAAUCUCCGGCGCAUCAUCGCAAGGCUGGAGAAUUCGACCUUAGCGGGCAGGAUCUGAAGGCGAUUGAUCAGAGCGAUGUCAUCAUGACUUUUGCCGCACACAAUCAUCACGUUCCCGGGGUGAGACACGAACGUGGGAAGAGACUUUGGUUCGACGUGUCCGAGGUACCACCUGAAGAACAUAUAAUCGGCGCGGAGCUUAGGCUGUACCACAACACGGACGUCAGGAACUGGAGAAAUCGUGGAUCCUACACGAUCACGGCGUACCGGGUGCUGAAGACCGAGAACGGGACGCGUGAAUUACAAUACAUUGAUGCCAUAAACGCUACGACUGGCAAGGAGGGUUGGCUGACAUUAAACGUCAGCGAGGCACUUGAACACUGGGUGAACAAUCCCGAUGGGAAUCGAGGAUUGUAUCUGUCUGUACAUCCUGCUGAUCGUUCAGUGCACGAGGUGAGACCAGAGGACGUCGGGAUUGUAGGAUUCCGCGGUGAUGCCGAUAAGCAACCCUUCAUGGUGGGCUAUUUCAAGAGCUCGGGCAAAAGGGAAUCCAAAGUUCGACAGAAACGCGACGCUAGAAGAAAGAAGAAGAGUGAGUCCACCAACUGGGAUCACCGAAAUAAUCCUUACACUGAUUCUGCUAUGCAGUAUCACUCGAGAACCUGCAAGAUCCAAACGUUAUACGUUAGCUUUCGCGAUUUGCAAUGGCAGGAUUGGAUUAUUGCGCCAGAUGGCUACGACGCGUAUUACUGCAGCGGGGAAUGCAAUUUCCCACUGAACGCUCACAUGAACGCGACCAACCAUGCAAUAGUCCAAACGCUGGUGCAUCUGGUGAGCCCGGGUAAAGUGCCCAAGCCUUGCUGUGCGCCCACCAAGCUCUCCGCGAUCUCCGUGCUGUACUUCCUGGACGAGAGCAACGUCAUCCUCAAGAAAUACAAAAACAUGGUUGUCAAGAGCUGCGGCUGUCAUUAAACUGCGCGCAUAGCCGAGAGAAGAAUGAAGAAAUAAUCCUCGUCGAUCGUCAAACCAAACAAUAAUUGAGCGACGUUCUCUUCGUUAUCUUGGGGAUUUCGUUCUCGCCGGAUAUUUCGGCUCUUCAGGAUCUAAAGAUGAAAACGUUCAAUUAUUUAGAGAAGUUAGAAGCAGCGCAAGGAAGUGUUGAAGGAAACACGUUACCUCUGACCUUACGUAAUAUAUAACUGUAAAGAUUGAUGGACGUUAUACACUGAACGAUAUCAUCUUCGUUUACCACUUCGAGGCGAGACUAGUAUGCGAAACGUGAAUUGCAUCAUUCCGCACAUAGACUUGUCCUAGCUCUAUUGUUGUGUUAAUUAUUCUAUAGGCAUAAUUUUAUUUCAAUAAUAUAUAAAGAAUUAUUUUUAAGAAGAAUUGACGUACGGAUGAUCGAGUAAAUCAGACAAAAAAUUAUCGAAGUACGAAAAACGACGCGAAUAGUUAUUCAAGUAAGAAAAUUUUGCAUACUUUCGAACUAAUAAUAAAGUUUAAGUUCUUCAAGGUACUUCGUAAAGAAGAACGCGUUUAGAAAUAUAAAUUGUGCGUCCAUUUGCGUGUGUAUUCAAAUAUAUCGUAUUAAUAACGAGCAACGGUCCUGGAGUUUAAAAGUAUUUUACGAUUAAGAUAACGAUUACGACGUGUAAAUUAUCAAUUAUCAAAAUUUCGAUUUAACGAGAAGAAGUUGUCUAAUAAUUCGCUUUAACUCGUGGUCAAGAAUGAUACUUUCUCGAUUGAGAAUACGACAUUUACCAAAUAGUUUUUUUUAAAUAUUUAUAGCGUAAAUUGUGCGCGCGUAGAUUAAACCGUGGCGUAGCUGUUUUAAGGAUUACGCUCGUUUGUAUUAGUCACGUAAGCAUGUAUAAAGGUAAAUAAUUACAUGUUCACCCUGAAUCAUAAGUUUUAUAUCGUCAUUGUAAAUAUAUUCUUAUUUGUAUAUACUUUCUACAGGAUAUUCUAUGCAUAAAGAUGAAUAAACUAAGAGUGUCUAUUGUC